UACCAAGUUAUGUCAAAACUUUAUAAUCCCAAUUUAAAAUCUGCAUUGUUGGUAAUUUAAGUAUUUUAACUUAGUCACACAUUCAUAUUUAACGUAUUCACAGGCAGCGAGGUAAAUUGCCCUUUUCUACAACCCUCAUUUCAUAUGGCACCAUUUAAUCAGUUAUUGGGAGCUGUCGCUCACAUAGAUGAAAAAUCGGAGUUCUUUCAUAUAAAUGAAUGGCUCAUAUUAAAUGAAUGGACACACACAUUUUUUGUAGGUCGCACUGAUACGUCCUGUUGACGGAAAAACUGAGUCCUUAAGGCCCACACAAGGGCCAGAAGGUACGCCACGCAUUAUCAAUGAUUGUUUUUAAAAAUUUAAUUCCAGCCUAAAUUUUAUGGAAUGAAAAUUAGUAUUAUUGUACAUGAACGGAGUACAGGAAAUUUGGCUUGUAGACAAUACAGGUCUCAGUAGCUUAUAUGAGAUUCACAUCCACGAAGCACCACGUUGCAAUGUUGACGUUAAAGUUUCAAACAAAGUACGACGAUAUUUAAGAGUCUUCGUCUCUCACCUGAUUCAGGAUUAUGGAAGGCUACAAUAGACUUCAUUAAACCAUAAUAAGAUCCUUCUGUGCCGUAAUAAGUUCCAAGAUAACUCAAUUAAAACGAGUUGACUUUUCUUGGAGGAAAGAUGUGAUGUCGACCAAACAAGCGUAUUAGAUCAACAGAUGCUCGGUCACAUAACUAUCGCUCUGUAGGUUUGUGUGAAUAGUACCUACAUUUUUGUUGGACAUCACUCGAUAAUAAUUACAUGAAACUUUUAAACUCUUUACAUGAUGGCAAGUGCGAUGAUAGAGUGCGACGUUUGUAACGAGGAAUUCGACACAGGCAACCACAAACCACUGUGCCUGACCUGCGGCCACACGUUUUGCUUUUCUUGCAUUACACAUUUUCUAGAACGCCCUGGAGAUCAGAAUUGCCCAAAAUGUAGGGGAAAAAUUUUCCUACGAAUUGAUCAAAUGUUGGUCAACUACGCAUUGAUUCCUCCCGAAAAAACGGCUCGUCCACAUCCCCCGAGCUCGCUGUCAGAGGCACCGUGCCUCCAUCAUGGGAAGGCGCUGGAUUACCAGUGCGUGGACUGCAUGGAACUCGUGUGCUUCACGUGCACCAGGGGCACGCAUAAAAAUCACGAAAUUGAGUUAAUAGACGACAUACUUCAGGUGGAUGAAUCUGUUUUAAACCCGUGGACGAAAAUACGGACCACAAUACACGAUAAACUCGGGCGAUGGAAUAACUUAGUCUCCGUAUCAGACGAUAUUUUGAGUUUGAUUGAUGAAAUUAUAACCCUAAGGACUAAAUUUCAAGGAUGCAAGGAUUCGCUGCUGGUCCAGCAAAUGUCGACAAAACAAGACCUCCAGGCCUGGGAUGCCCCGGCCACCGUUGUGAAUGAGAACUGGCGACGUGAAUGCAAGGAAAUUCUUUGCCGUCUUAAAUUGAAACCUCCAAAAAAUAUAGAGACAGAAGAUAUCAGGGCGAGGUUGUCUGCAGCUUUGAAGAAAUGUGAAUUGUUACAGAUAUAUGAGCACGGUCAGCCCUGGACAGUCGCCAGCUGCGAUGAAGGAGAGCGAGCUUUCGCCAGCCUGUCCAACAACAUCAAGCCCAGUCGCCUCGUGGUGCUGUCCACCCACACCCGCCCCAUCCCGGGGCUGGGGACGCUGCUGUCCUGCCUCGCCGCCCACCACACCGGCGACAUCAGCCUGCUGCCCCUGGACUACUUCUGGAGGCCAGCAGGGCACUCGGAUAGAGGCAUGGGAGACACCAUCAACAAAUUUAGUGACCGCCUAGAUACCAUGUACGGCCCUACUGAUCAAGUCGUGGCUUACUUAAACGAGCGACAUCCCGCCCAAAUGCUGAGUGGUAGAUUUACGGCUCCCAAAAUCCAAACACGGGUAACCAGAGAGUGGCCUUGCAAGAUCGGUGUGCGUUUUGUUAGAAACUACGACAUCGGGACGUACGUAGCUUUUCCGAAACACAUAGACGAUGCUUGCUGUGUACGAGGAACACCUCUCAACGUCAGCUCAUAUUUGAGGCAGCGCGGUUGUAGCGUCACCCGCUGGCACUUCCCAGACCUCUGCGACGAGGACUUGGACUGGAUGAUCGGCAUUGUGCACCAAUUCAGGCAUUCUCGCCUGCGUGUGGUCUUACCGAGAAAUGGCCUCACCGCUACGGGCGCUCGUCGGAUGUUCGAGAAGCUCCCCGAAAUCCGGGAGGUAUACCACGACCCUGGCGAGGAGCACUUGACGUCAGCUGGCAGUAGCGGUGCACCUGAUCUCACCUUCAUUGAGUUGUCAACGAACAACAUCAUUCAAUGGAUGUAAAAUUCUGCUGUGUGGUUGUAGUUUUUUUAUGCAGUUGGCGGAUCGCAAAUUCCGGGCAAGAUAAUUUGAGACCUGACCUGCUCUUCAAGGCAUUAUCACUGGCGGCCAUGCGGUGUUAUGCCAAAAAAAUUGUAAAGGAAAUAUUUUACAAAAUCAUUUUAUUUAUACGGAUUGAUUUUUGAAUCAUGUUAGGUCUAUUGUGUUUUGUGCCUUUAAUCGUAUAAUAGCACACCAGUGGUUUACGGGCAAGGAUAUGGUUUAUAUUGCAUUAUAUUGUUAUCGAAAAUUGUUAUUGUAACUUGUGACAUUUUUUUCAGUGAUUAAAUUUUAUACAGUUCAAGUGAUAUACCCUGGGGUCACCAGCCUAUUACAAUGAGACUUCACGAGUGAUUAACUUAAAAUAAUGAACGGAAUAAAUAUUCACGGUUAAAUUAAAUU